AUGGAUUUGGAUUCUGAAUUUGCUGAAGCAUUGAACACUGCCUCUUUCUGUACUAUUUCUGUGGAGGGUAUAGGGUCACACUGCAAUGAGCUUCUUUAUGAUUUAAGUUUUAUGGACUGUCAUGGUUUCACUUUGAAAGGACAAGGGAGGUAUUAUUCCCAUAAAAAUGAUUACCUUGAAAUUUGCCGAUGCUACAAGGCAAUAUAUGAGAUUCCAUCUAUCAAAGAAAAUCCUUCCGAAUGGAUUCCAAUCCUGAGGAAAAUAUGUUGGUACUUGGUUCUAUCGCCACAUGAUCCAAUGCAGUCAAGCCUUCUCAAUUCCACCUUGGAGGAUAGGAAUCUGUCCGAGAUUCCAAACUUUAAGUAUGCCUUCCUAACCUUGUUACUGUUGAAACAGUUGGUCACUAUGGAGGUUAUCCAGUGGACAACUCUUUGGGAUUCAUACAAGGAUGAGUUUGAGAAUGAGAACAACCUUGGAAAGAAUUUGGGUGAAAAAGCAGCAGAAGAUCUGAGGGAAAGAGUGAUUGAACAUAAUAUUCUUGUUAUAUCAAAAUACUAUACAAGGAUUACUCUAAAGAGACUUGCAGAGCUUUUGUGUCUCAGUGUUCAGGAAGCUGAGAAGCAUCUUUCUGAUAUGGUUGUGUCUAAGGCAUUGGUGGCGAAAAUUGAUAGACCCGUGGGAAUAAUUUGUUUCCAAAGAGCCAAGGAUAGCAACGAUGUUCUUAACUCAUGGGCAGCGAACUUGGAGAAACUGCUCGAUCUUGUGGAGAAGAGUUGCCAUCAAAUACACAAGGAAACCAUGGUGCAUAAAGCUGCCUUGAAGUCGAUCAACGUUGAAUAUAUUCCAUGGCAGUCAAAACCCAGGAUGGUUGCUGUCAAAUUCAGGAAUUUGCGAGAGGAAGAUGUUGCUGCCUUUCUAGUAAGAAAUUCAAUGCUAAGCCGUUCGGUGGAACAAAUGUCAAAGCCAUUUUUCUCUGCCCACGUUACUAACAUGCAAUGUCAGAAGAGUAAUUAG